AUGGAAGCCAUCCAAAAACCAGGAAUGUUACCAAAACACAAUACGGACGCCCAGUCCAAAGUACCCCAUUGUAAGGAAUACCAGUGCUCCUUGAAUGCGUCACUGACAUCAACCAAUCCUUUCUUGCAGAAUGGUUGGGGCUCGAUGAUGGUGUUCGAAGUGGAUUGUCAAGUUGUAGGUGGGAGCCCAGUGCCUCAUUUUUUUGUGCCAAAGCAGAUUCUGGAGAUCUCCACCGAAAGUGGAAGCUCACCGUUGUUUAUCUUGCUUUUACCGACACAUUAUUUUGGGGCUAAGCAAACUUUGCUCAAGCAGUCUUGGAGUUAG